ACGUCACGACCCAAACCCGGAAGUUGAUGUAGUUUUUACGUUGAAAGUGCAAACAUCUCUAUAAAUACGCUCGGAAAUGGAUUUAAACAAUCUGCAUGAAAAUGCUGCACAUUGAAACGGUUGUGAGCUUCGUAUGGAGAGAUGGAGAAGAUUCGCGAGCGCUUCAAACAGAGCAGAUCUUCCUCACGUGAGAAAGUAAAGCUGAGGAAGAGGAGCUCAGUUCUGUACAGCACAGAUGACAUCCAAGCAAACACACACGGAUGUGUUGGAGUCGGUAUCAUAGUUUUCACGGUUGGGUUUCGCUUACUCAACUGUCUUCUGGUCCAGACCAGCUUUGUACCAGAUGAGUACUGGCAGUCCCUUGAGAUUUCCCAUCGAAUGGUCUUCAAUUAUGGCUAUGAGACUUGGGAAUGGAAGACGGGGAUCCGCGGAUACUCUUAUCCUCUCGUGUUUGCUCUGAUGUAUAAACUCCUGCAUCUGAUCAAUUACGACACAGUUCAACUCUUGGUGUUUGUGCCUCGGGUUUUCCAAGCAUUGCUGUCGGCGUAUGCCGAUGUUACACUGUACCGUCUGAUGCUGCAGUGGGACACUCCUGAUGUCGCCAAAUGGACAUUUUUUUGUCAGCUGUGUUCAUGGUUUACUUGGUUCUGCUGUACUCGGACUCUGACCAACACCAUGGAAACGGUUCUGACCACGCUGGCUCUUUGCUUUUACCCUUUACCAGGCUCCAAAAUGCACAGCAGCUGGAAGUAUUUAUCUCUGGUGUCGCUGGCUGUUGUUGUCCGGCCCACGGCUCUGAUCGUAUGGAUUCCUCUGCUGUUCUGUCAUCUGUGUUGGGAACAGAACAAACUGAAAUUUAUCGCACUGCAGUGCCUUCCCAUCGCGGCCUUUACAUUGGGGAUCUCUACUUUGAUUGACUCUUUCUUCUAUGGAAAGUGGACUUUCGUUCAGUGGAAUUUCCUAAAGUUGAAUGUACUGCAGAACGUAGCAGAAGUUUAUGGUACUCAUCCGUGGCAUUGGUACGUCAGUCAGGGUCUGCUGGUUGUGAUCGGUCCUCAUCUGCCUUUCUUCAUACACGGAUGCUCACUGAGUACCAAAAAACACAGAAUUCUCCUGAUAACCAUCAUAUGGACUACAGUGAUAUACAGUUUGCUCGCACAUAAGGAGUUCCGCUUCAUUUAUCCGCUGUUGCCAUUCUGUGUUAUUUUUUGUGGCAUGUCUUUAGCGAAGCUUCAGACGUGGAGGAAACCUGCCGCUGUUGUCUUGCUGGUGUCGAAUCUGAUUCCUGCACUAUAUACGGGUUUGAUUCACCAGCGUGGGACUUUAGAUGUUAUGAGUGACCUACAGCGUCUGUGUGACUUUAACAGCUCUCAGACAAAACCUGAUGUUCUCGUCCUAAUGCCGUGUCACUCCACACCCCUGUACAGUCACCUACACUGUCCUCUCAAACUGCGUUUUCUGGAGUGUCCACCGGAUCUGACUGGAAACAAACAUUAUGUGGAUGAAGCUGAUAUGUUCUUUAAUGAUCCUGUGCGCUGGUUGAAAUCUUUCUCCUCUCAGCAGAUGUUACCCACUCAUCUAGUGAUGUUCGACACGUUAGAGAAGGAGAUCUCUACGUUUCUAUUGGAAAACAGAUAUGCCAAACAAGCCGAAAUAUUUCACACUCAUUUUCCUGAAGGUCGAGUGGGAGAAAACAUCUUCAUUUACGUCAGAGGACCUGAAAUAAGCACUGACUAGUUUUUCUCUUUAUUUUAUUGUUUGAAAAAUCAGAGAUGCUGUAUAUAAAUCAUUUAGAUUUUGUCUCACACUGUCUAUUUUAUUUUAAGGCAACACACAAAUUCACAGUUGAGGACAGUCAUUUAUGAAGCAAUGCAAGAGUUUUAUUCUAGAAAAGAAGUGCAAGUUUAAGAGGUUAAGUGCAUUGAAGUUAAUUUACAUUUGCAUCUUAUAGCAGUUUCCAAACAAACGCUUACGGGAAUGUUACUUAGCCAAUGA